AUGAACGAACAACAUCUUGAAUCUCUAUAUGAUGAUAAAGAUUCAACUUCUGAUAGUUGUAAUAGUUCAGAUGAUGACUCAAGUGUUGAAAUUACCUCAACCAUUGAUAAAGGUGAAAAUGAAUUAGUACGCUUAUCAACAUAUCUUCAAUUGGAUUCUGAAGAAGAAAAUGAUGAUGAUAAAAACUUUGAAUGGCCUGAUCCACCUCCAUCGUUAUUAUCUUCAAGUUCAGAUGAUGUUGAUGUUGAUGUUGAAGAAUCAAGUGAUUUUCAUCAAGUGGUGUUGCCUACUGCAUCAUGUGUCCACGUUAAUAUUCAAGAAAAAUCUAUUAAACGUAAACGACGUCAAUGGUCGAUUAAAGAAAAACUUGAUGUUAUUGCAUUAUUUGAUAAAAAUCAAAGUAAACGUAAAACAGCAAGGGAAGAAGGAUGUACAACUGCUCAACUUCGAAAUUGGCUUAAAAAUAAAGAAAAUUUAUUAGAAAUGUACAAGAAGAAAAAAGAUCGUAAAAGCAAACGAUUAAAAGGUGGUGGUAAAAAGCUUGUUUACGCUGAUCUUAAUGACCGACUUUUUACUUGGUAUCGGUCACGAAGAACUGAUCCAAAAGAUGAAUCUUUAGCUUCAUGUGAUAUUCGACGAGAAAAAGUAACUCUUCGUCACUUACGAAAAGAAGGUCGACGUAUUGCUAAAGAAUUAAAUCAUUCUCCACCAUCAUCAAGUUGGUAUUUAAGAUUUAUGAAAAGAAAUGGUUUAUCAUUACAACGACCCAAGAGACAAAAUAAAGUACCAAUUGAUGAAGUUCAUCGCCUAGCUAAUUCUUUCUACAUGUUCAAUCGUCGUGCUAGUUUAUGGUCAUUAAAACGUGGUCCUAUGGGUGCAUUUACUCCUGAAGAUAUCUGCAAUAUGGACGAAUCUCCAUUAGCACUUUUUGGCGAUCAAGCUAAAAAAUCUAUUAAUGAUAUUGGUACAAGUAAUGAAAUAAAUGGGUGUAUUAAUAACAAGAGAUUUUGUACAGUAAUACUUACUGUUUUUGCUAAAAAUCAACGAAUGAAUCCGGUGGUACUAUUCAAAGGUAAAGGUAAUAUUGGUGUUGAUGAACGUCAACAAUAUUCACAAGGUGUACAUGUUAUUUUUACACCUAAAGCUGUUAUUAAUGGACCAUCAAUGGAUAUUUAUGUUAAAAAAUGGUUAGAAAAGGUACAUGAUGGUCAUCCAAAACUCUUCAUUACCGAUUCGGCUAAUUCACAUUUAAAACCGGAAAUUAUUCAAAAUUUCCGAAAACAAAAUGUUGUGGUAUCUAUUAUUCCAAAAGGAUGUACACAAUAUUUACAGCUUCUGGAUACUUCAAUCUUCUCGGUAUUCAAAAAUCAUUAUCAAGCUGCUGCUGAUGAAUAUAUUGAUCGUUAUAGUUCACGUAGUAAAAUGAAAUUAUCAGCUAAACAACAACGAAUUUUAUGUACUCGUUUAAUUUGGAUAGCAUGGCUUCGGACACAAAAUAGUGUUGACUUCGAACGUGCUUUUCUUGAUAUUGGUUAUACAUGGGUUGACACAUCUCCUGUUUCUAUUAGAACUUUACAAGGAUUUGUUUUUGAUCCAUCAACAGUAACAUCUUCGACCAUCAAUAAUGAUGAUAAUGAUAAUGGUAAUGACGAAGAAGAAGAAUUUAGUAAGAAAAUGAUGUUCGAAAAUAAAGAUUCAAAUGUGUUAACCAUCACCGACAAUAACAAAAUGAAACAGCUUAGUAUAUAUCAGUGUAUGAAAAAGUAA